AUGUUUAAGCUGUGUGGACUUCAAUUUCUGCUUGUCAUUCACUUGGCAAUGUGCCAGAAUUUGAGGGACCUGCAUGUAACUGGGCCUCUGCAGGACAUGAAUUUCUCUAUUCCAGAAGCGGGAGGAGUGCGCUUCAUUUACCAGUUCACAUCUGAGCCACCUGCUGUGAGUUUCAGAGCAACUGGUGAAAAAGAUGGAAUAAUUGACAUUGUGCCAAAGACAGGCAUCCUGUAUCUCAAUGGGUCUCUGGACUGGGAAACCAAAGCAGUGCACAGGCUGCAGGUGGAAAGUCUGGAUGAAAUGGGAAACACAGUGAAAGGUCCAUAUGCUGUUACAAUAUACGUGGAGGAUAUCAAUGACAACCCACCAGAAUUUGACCAGAUGAAGUAUACUGGAGUAGUGAGGCAGAACUCCCGUCCAGGCAAGCCCUUCAUGUACGUCCAUGCCACUGACCGUGAUGAUCCUACCACUCUCCAUGCACAGCUGGUGUACAGCAUUCUUCAUCAUUUUCCCAAUCCUUACUCAGAAAUGCUUUUCCAGAUCGAUAAUGUAACUGGAGCAAUCUCACCAAGUAGAAUGGGCUCUUAUUACUUAGAUCCUCAAAAGCAGGACACCUUCACGCUCGUCGUCACUGUGAAGGACAUGGCAGGGAUGACAACAAAUGCUUUCACCAGCAGCACUGAUGUAAUCAUCACUGUGAAGGAGAGCUUGUGGAACGCUCCCUCCACCAUUCACAUCCAAGAAAACUCAACCCAGGCUCACCCAGUCAACAUCAGCCAGGUGCACUCAAAUGAGCAAGAUGUAAUUUAUGACAUUUUUGAAAAAGAAAAGCUGCCCAGGCUCCCAUUUUCUAUCGACCAGAGUGGGGUUAUUUAUGUGACUGAACCAUUGGACAGGGAAGAAAAGGAUACUUAUAAUUUCUUUGUGGUCACAAAAGAUAACAAGGGAGAACUGGUGGACAAGCCUCUGCGAAUUCAUGUUGUGGUGGAAGACAUUAAUGACAAUCCCCCUGUGUGCCAGCAGGCCCUCACUGUGAUGGAAGUUCAAGAAAAUGAAGGUGGAGGAAGUAAUAUUGGCACCCUCUUAGCUACGGACAGGGAUGAGGAGGAUACCCUUAAUUCUCGCCUGCAGUUCAAAAUUCAAAGUCAGGUUCCUGAUGUGCCUGCAAGUAAUCUGUUCUUUAUUCAGCAAGACACUGGGAUUUUGCAGUUAACUGGCCGUUCAUUAAACAAGCGCACUGCAUCCAACUAUUCCUUGAAGGUGCUGGUGACAGAUGCAGUAUUCCAAACAAUCUGUGAUGUGCAAAUACAUGUCAUCGACAUCAAUGAUCAGAUUCCCAUCUUUGAAAAAUCAGAUUAUCACAGUGUGACUGUUGCAGAAGAUCUCCCAGUAGGAACAGUGAUAUUAGAAAUUCAAGCUACCGAUGGAGAUGAGCCUGGCACAGGGAGUUCCCACAUCAUUUACCAGAUGAAGGAAGGAGAUCCAAAAAACACAUUUGUCAUAGAGACAGAUUCUGAAACAAACCGAGGAUUUGUCAGGAUUGACAAGGCUCUCGAUUUUGAAACAGUUCCAGUGUACAACCUGGUGAUCAAUGCCACAAACCCCGAACCCCUGGUGUCAGGCGUGCAGUACAACUCAAGCUCCCUUGCCCUGUUUAAAGUAUUUGUAACAGAUGUGGAUGAGCCACCCAUUUUCCAUGAGGCAAUUUACAAAGAAGAAGUGUCUGAAGAUGUUCCUGUCAAUACCCUGCUCAUGACUGUGGAAGCCUAUGAUCCUGAGGGGGGUACUGUACGAUACUCCUUAGAAGGUGAUGUGAGGAAAUGGCUGAGGAUUGAUUCAACCACUGGGCAGGUAUACACUGCUUCCACUUUGGAUCGAGAACAAGAAGCAACGUACACAGUUGAUGUUGUUGUGUCAGAGCUAAAUAACGCAGCUCAGAAAUCCAAAGCAACCUUGAUACUACAAUUACUUGAUGUGAAUGACAACCCUCCUCAGUUAGCUAUGGAUUAUACUCCUUUCUUCUGCCACCCAGUAAGUGGAGGAGAGAGAGCUCUGAUUCGAGCUACUGAUGCAGAUCAACAGCAUUAUUACUCAGCAUUUACUUUUUCUCUUGUGGAUGAUGUGAAUACAAGAAAUAGUUGGGAAAUUUCAAAAGUCAAUGCUACUCAUGCUUACCUCUCUCCGAAACAUGCUAACUUUGAAGAGAAGGUGUAUAAUGUUCCAGUAAUAAUUAAUGACAAUGGAAAACCAGCUUUGGAGAGAAAAGUGAAUCUUGAAGUAAACAUCUGCAAGUGUUCAAGUGAAAAGUCAUGCUUUAUCGAAGUAGAGCGUCAGCACUCCUGGCCAACUGCUGGCCAGGCAAUCGGACUUCUUCUUGGGGUCCUGCUCAUCAUUGGUUGUAUUACAGGGGGUGUGUUUCUUCACAUGAAAUACAAACAAAAGAAUGAAGAGAAGAGCCAUCAGAGAGAUGUAAGGGAUAAGUCUGAACUUGAUAGGCUGGCUUAA